UUUGAAAGUCGAACUCUCAAGACRUACGAUAAACUCKUGCKAUWUAGARUUACUUUAAACGAAAUUAUGGUACCAGAAGAAAAGCCAGAACCAACACCAGCUAAAGGAAUAUAUGUGGAACGAACUUUAGCGAUAAUCAARCCCGAUGCCGUCCAUAAAACAGACGAAAUCGAAGAGAUAAUUUUACAACAUGGUUUUACAAUAUUACAAAAAAGGAGGGUUCAUCUAACUCCUGAACAGACCAGUGAUUUCUACGCUGAGCACUAUGGAAAGAUGUUCUUCCCCAGCCUUGUGGCCUACAUGAGCAGUGGCCCAAUCAUGGUGUUAGUGCUGGCUAGAGAGAAUGCUGUCCCCUUUUGGAAACAAUUGAUUGGUCCUACUAGCACACAAAAAGCUAGAGAUCARGCACCUGAAAGUUUGAGAGCUAUUUAUGGUUCUGAUGGAACAAGAAAUGCCUUGCACGGAAGUGAUUCAAUCACUAGUGCUGAAAGAGAGAUUCAUUUCUUUUUUGAUGACUGUAUUGUUGAACCUGUAUCAACCGGUCAAGGAGCAAAAGACUAUCUUAGCAGAACUGUUAACCCCACCCUACUCAAAGGACUUACAGAACUUUCUAAAAUGAAACCACAAGAACCAAUACUUUGGCUGGCUGAUUGGCUGGUUGCAAAUAACCCCAACAAACCAAGAGUCUGUGAUGAUGACUACACAGUAGAGGAGCCUUAAAACUAAUGAUAAAUUGUACAUAGAUAUCUGACGUAUUAUUGUAUUAUAUCAUUUGUAAUGUSACUAAAAUAUGGAAUAAACUUUAAAAUGUAUUUUUGUCUUU